CUUGAAGAAAAGGUGAUUUGGAAUUUCUGUGCCAGCAAAAGCAGGAUUUUCUGAAAGAAGAAAAGAGAGCUCACGAAGAAUUGCGCCCUGAGCUGCCCGUGUGCUCAGCAGGUCUGAUGUUUGCACGGAAGGAAUGGAUGUCAAAGAGCGCCGGCCUUACUGCUCCCUGACCAAGAGCAGACGAGAAAAAGAGCGGCGCUACACCAAUUCUUCGGCUGACAAUGAGGACUGCCGGGUUCCUACCCAGAAGUCCUACAGCUCCAGUGAGACCCUGAAAGCUUUUGAUCAUGAUUCCUCGCGGCUGCUCUAUGGAAACCGAGCAAAAGAUUUGGUCCACAGAGAAGCUGAUGAAUAUUCCAGGCAAGAGCAACCUGCCAACAAUCACGGCCAGUCCACACUCCAGGCUCUGCCUCCUGCCCCCAAGCAGCACCCUGCGCAGCACCACCCGUCCGUCACCUCCCUCAACCGGAACUCCCUGACCAAUAGAAGGAACCAGAGUCCGGCCCCGCCGGCUGCUUUGCCCGCCGAGCUGCAAACCACACCUGAGUCCGUCCAGCUGCAGGACAGCUGGGUCCUUGGCAGUAAUGUACCACUGGAAAGCAGGCAUUUCCUAUUCAAAACAGGAACAGGGACAACGCCACUGUUCAGUACUGCAACCCCGGGGUACACAAUGGCUUCUGGCUCCGUCUACUCGCCGCCUACUCGGCCGCUGCCCAGAAAUACCCUUUCAAGAAGUGCUUUUAAGUUCAAGAAGUCUUCGAAGUACUGUAGUUGGAAAUGUACCGCGCUGUGUGCCGUAGGUGUCUCUGUGCUCCUGGCCAUUCUCCUGUCCUAUUUUAUAGCAAUGCAUCUAUUUGGCCUCAACUGGCAGUUACAGCAGACAGAAAAUGACACAUUUGAGAACGGAAAAGUGAAUUCUGAGACCAUGCCAACCAACACUGUCUCAUUACCUUCCGGCGACAAUGGAAAAUUAGGUGGAUUUGCACAGGAAAAUAACACCAUAGAUUCCGGAGAACUGGAUAUCGGCCGAAGAGCAAUUCAAGAAGUUCGUCCAGGGAUCUUCUGGAGAUCGCAGCUGUUCAUUGAUCAGCCACAGUUUCUUAAAUUCAAUAUCUCCCUUCAGAAAGAUGCAUUGAUUGGAGUCUAUGGCCGAAAAGGCUUACCACCUUCCCAUACUCAGUAUGACUUCGUGGAACUUUUGGACGGCAGCAGGUUGAUUGCUCGAGAGCAGCGAAACCUGUUGGAGUCUGAGAGAGGUGGUCGACAGGCGCGGUCGGUGAGCGUGCAUGAGGCAGGCUUCAUCCAGUACUUGGAUUCGGGCAUCUGGCAUCUGGCCUUCUACAAUGAUGGCAAGAACACGGAGCAGGUGUCUUUCAACACCAUAGUGAUAGAGUCCGUGGUCGAAUGUCCCCGGAACUGCCAUGGGAAUGGAGAAUGUGUAUCAGGAACCUGCCACUGUUUCCCAGGAUUUCUGGGUCCAGAUUGUUCCAGAGCUGCCUGUCCCGUCCUCUGCAGCGCUAAUGGACAAUACGCCAAGGGCCGCUGCCUGUGCUUCAGUGGCUGGAAGGGCACCGAGUGUGAUGUGCCCACCACCCAGUGCAUCGACCCACAGUGUGGGGGCCGAGGGGUCUGCAUCAUGGGCUCCUGUGCCUGCAACUCGGGGUACAAAGGCGAGAACUGCGAGGAAGCUGACUGCUUGGACCCCGGGUGUUCUGGUCAUGGUGUGUGCAUCCAUGGAGAGUGUCAUUGCAAUCCAGGCUGGGGUGGAAACAACUGUGAAAUACUCAAGACCAUGUGCCCAGACCAGUGUUCUGGCCACGGCACCUACCUCCAAGACAGUGGUUCCUGUACAUGUGAUCCCAAUUGGACAGGGCCUGACUGCUCCAACGAAAUCUGUUCCGUGGACUGCGGUUCCCAUGGUGUGUGCAUGGGUGGCAGCUGCCGCUGUGAAGAGGGUUGGACAGGCCCUGCCUGCAACCAGCGAGCCUGCCACCCGCGCUGUGCAGAGCAUGGGACUUGCAAGGAUGGCAAGUGUGAAUGCAGCCAGGGGUGGAACGGAGAGCACUGCACCAUCGCUCACUAUUUGGAUAAGAUAGUGAAAGACAAGAUAGGAUAUAAAGAGGGAUGCCCAGGGCUGUGUAAUAGCAAUGGGAGAUGUACCCUGGACCAAAAUGGCUGGCAUUGUGUCUGCCAGCCCGGCUGGAGGGGAGCAGGCUGUGACGUGGCCAUGGAGACUCUGUGCACAGACAGCAAGGACAACGAAGGAGAUGGUCUGGUGGACUGUAUGGAUCCUGACUGCUGCCUGCAAAGCUCCUGCCAAAACCAGCCAUACUGCCGGGGACUGCCAGACCCUCAGGACAUCAUCAGCCAGAGCCUCCAGACCCCGUCCCAGCAAGCUGCCAAAUCCUUCUACGACCGCAUCAGCUUUCUCAUAGGCUCUGAGAGCACCCAUGUCAUCCCUGGAGAAAGCCCUUUUAAUAAGAGCCUGGCCUCCGUGAUCAGAGGACAAGUACUCACAGCUGAUGGGACCCCACUGAUUGGUGUUAAUGUGUCAUUCUUCCAUUAUCCAGAAUAUGGAUACACUAUCACCCGUCAGGAUGGAAUGUUUGACCUGGUGGCAAAUGGCGGGGCUUCGCUCACUCUGGUAUUUGAACGGUCCCCGUUCCUCACCCAGUAUCACACUGUAUGGAUUCCCUGGAAUGUAUUUUAUGUCAUGGAUACCCUUGUCAUGAAGAAAGAGGAGAAUGACAUUCCCAGCUGUGACCUGAGUGGAUUUGUGCGGCCAAACCCCAUCAUCGUCUCCUCACCCUUAUCCACAUUUUUUAGAUCAUCUCCUGAAGACAGUCCCAUCAUUCCCGAAACACAGGUGCUACAUGAGGAAACCACCAUCCCGGGAACAGAUUUGAAACUUUCCUAUCUGAGUUCCCGAGCUGCAGGCUACAAGUCUGUGCUGAAGAUCACCAUGACCCAAGCCGUCAUUCCCUUCAACCUGAUGAAGGUACAUCUGAUGGUGGCCGUCGUGGGAAGACUCUUUCAGAAGUGGUUUCCAGCCUCACCAAACCUGGCCUACACAUUCAUCUGGGACAAAACCGAUGCGUACAAUCAGAAGGUCUACGGUCUGUCAGAAGCUGUUGUGUCCGUCGGAUAUGAGUAUGAGUCAUGCUUGGAUCUGACCCUCUGGGAGAAGAGAACCGCCAUCCUACAGGGCUAUGAGUUAGAUGCUUCCAACAUGGGUGGCUGGACCUUAGAUAAGCACCAUGUGUUGGACGUUCAGAACGGCAUACUGUACAAGGGAAAUGGGGAAAACCAGUUCAUCUCCCAGCAGCCACCUGUGGUCAGUAGCAUCAUGGGAAAUGGUCGAAGGCGUAGCAUCUCCUGCCCAAGUUGCAAUGGACAGGCAGAUGGAAAUAAGCUCCUGGCUCCUGUGGCACUGGCCUGUGGCAUCGAUGGGAGUCUCUAUGUCGGGGAUUUCAACUAUGUUCGCCGCAUCUUCCCAUCUGGAAAUGUCACGAGUGUUCUAGAACUCAGAAAUAAAGAUUUUAGACAUAGCAGCAACCCGGCUCAUCGUUACUACCUGGCCACUGACCCCGUCACCGGGGACCUGUACGUCUCGGACACGAACACACGCAGAAUCUACCGGCCCAAGUCGCUGACGGGUGCCAAGGACUUAACUAAAAAUGCCGAAGUGGUGGCAGGCACUGGGGAACAGUGUCUGCCUUUUGAUGAAGCAAGAUGCGGGGAUGGCGGCAAGGCAGUGGAGGCCACACUCAUGAACCCCAAAGGACUGGCAAUUGACAAGAAUGGAUUAAUCUACUUUGUUGACGGGACCAUGAUUCGAAAAGUGGAUCAGAAUGGAGAUCAUAUCCACUGUCUGGGCUCCAAUGACCUGACUUCUGCCAGACCUUGUGACCUGUGAACCAGCAUGCAUAUCAGCCAGGUCCGUCUGGAGUGGCCCACAGACCUGGCCAUCAACCCUAUGGAUAACUCCAUUUAUGUUCUGGAUAACAAUGUGGUCCUGCAGAUCAGAAACCGGCAGGUGCGCAUUGCAGCUGGGCGGCCUAUGCACUGCCAGGUGCCAGGCGUGGAGUAUUCUGUGGGGAAGCAGGCGGUGCAGACCACACUGGAGUCAGCCACAGCCAUUGCUGUAUCCUACAGUGGGGUCCUCUACAUCACUGAGACGGACGAGAAGAAGAUCAACCGAAUCCGGCAGGUCACCACAGAUGGGGAGAUCUCACUGGUAGCUGGCAUCCCAUCAGAAUGUGACUGCAAGAAUGAUGCCAACUGUGACUGCUACCAGACGGGUGAUGGUUAUGCCAAAGAUGCCAAACUCAACACGCCCUCCUCCCUGGCCGCCUCCCCUGAUGGUACCUUGUACAUUGCUGACCUGGGCAACAUUCGGAUCCGGGCCGUGUCCAAGAAUAGGCCUUUCCUGAACUCCAUGAACUUCUAUGAGCUGGCCUCACCCACUGACCAGGAACUUUAUAUCUUUGAUGUCAAUGGGACCCACCAGUACACGGUGAGUCUUGUCACGGGUGAUUAUCUGUACAACUUCAGCUACAGCAAUGACAAUGACAUCACAGCUGUGACGGACAGCAACGGCAACACCUUACGCAUCCGACGUGACCCCAACAGGAUGCCGGUUCGUGUGGUGUCCCCUGAUAACCAGGUCAUCUGGCUAACCAUCGGAACAAAUGGGUGUCUAAAGAGCAUGACGGCUCAGGGACUGGAGCUGGUACUGUUCACCUACCACGGUAAUAGUGGCCUAUUGGCCACGAAGAGCGAUGAGACGGGAUGGACCACGUUUUUCGACUACGACAGUGAAGGGCGCCUCACAAACGUUACCUUUCCAACUGGAGUUGUCACUAAUCUCCACGGGGACAUGGAUAAGGCAAUCACGGUGGACCUCGAGUCAUCCAGCCGAGAAGAGGAUGUCAGCAUCACGUCCAACCUGUCCUCCAUCGACUCCUUCUACACCAUGGUGCAAGAUCAGUUGAGGAACAGCUACCAGAUCGGCUACGACGGCUCCCUGAGAAUCAUUUACGCCAGUGGGCUGGACUCGCACUACCAAACCGAGCCCCAUGUUCUGGCCGGCACUGCCAACCCCACAGUGGCCAAGCGGAAUAUGACUCUUCCUGGGGAGAACGGUCAGAACUUGGUGGAGUGGAGGUUCCGGAAAGAGCAGGCCCAAGGCAAGGUCAAUGUCUUUGGGCGCAAGCUCAGGGUGAAUGGCCGCAACCUCCUUUCAGUCGAUUUUGACCGCACCACCAAGACGGAAAAGAUUUACGAUGACCACCGGAAGUUUCUCCUGAGAAUCGCCUAUGACACGUCGGGACACCCCACACUCUGGCUGCCCAGCAGCAAGCUGAUGGCUGUGAAUGUCACCUACUCCUCCACGGGCCAAAUCGCCAGCGUCCAGCGUGGCACCACCAGCGAGAAGGUAGACUACGACGGGCAGGGCAGGAUCGUGUCUCGGGUCUUCGCUGAUGGCAAGACAUGGAGCUACACCUACCUGGAGAAGUCAAUGGUACUGCUGCUCCACAGCCAGCGGCAGUACAUCUUUGAGUACGACAUGUGGGACCGGCUGUCAGCCAUCACUAUGCCCAGCGUGGCCCGCCACACCAUGCAGACCAUCCGCUCCAUCGGCUACUACCGCAACAUCUACAACCCGCCUGAGAGCAACGCCUCGGUCAUCACCGACUACAGCGAGGAGGGGUUGUUGCUGCAAAGGGCCUUCCUGGGUACCAGCCGCCGGGUCCUUUUCAAAUACCGCCGACAGACACGGCUGGCUGAGGUCCUCUACGACAGCACCCGGGUUAGCUUCACAUACGAUGAGACGGCAGGAGUGCUCAAGACCGUCAACCUGCAGAGUGAUGGCUUCAUCUGCACCAUCCGCUACCGCCAGAUCGGGCCUCUGGUGGACCGCCAGAUCUUCCGCUUCAGCGAGGACGGCAUGGUCAAUGCCCGCUUCGACUACAGCUAUGACAACAGCUUCCGAGUGACCAGCAUGCAGGGGGUCAUCAACGAGACACCACUGCCCAUCGACCUCUACCAGUUUGAUGACAUCUCUGGCAAGGUGGAGCAGUUCGGCAAGUUCGGUGUCAUCUACUAUGAUAUCAAUCAGAUCAUCUCCACAGCUGUCAUGACCUACACCAAGCACUUUGAUGCGCAUGGUCGCAUCAAGGAGAUCCAGUAUGAGAUCUUCCGCUCACUCAUGUACUGGAUCACCAUCCAGUAUGACAACAUGGGCCGUGUCACCAAGCGCGAGAUCAAGAUCGGGCCCUUUGCCAACACCACCAAGUAUGCCUACGAGUAUGACGUGGACGGGCAGCUGCAGACCGUGUACCUCAAUGAGAAGAUCAUGUGGCGGUACAACUAUGACCUCAACGGGAACCUGCACCUGCUGAACCCCAGCAGCAGUGCCCGCCUCACACCUCUGCGUUAUGACCUGCGUGACCGGAUCACUCGGCUGGGCGAUGUGCAGUACCGCCUGGACGAAGAUGGCUUUCUGCGACAGCGGGGCACUGAGAUCUUUGAAUACAGCUCCAAGGGCCUCUUGACCCGCGUGUACAGCAAAGGCAGUGGCUGGACCGUGGUCUACCGCUAUGAUGGCCUGGGGAGGCGUGUGUCCAGCAAGACCAGCCUGGGCCAGCACCUGCAAUUCUUCUAUGCUGACCUCACCUACCCAACUCGCAUCACCCAUGUGUACAACCACUCGAGCUCUGAGAUCACCUCACUCUACUACGACCUGCAGGGCCACCUCUUUGCCAUGGAGAUCAGCAGCGGGGAUGAGUUCUACAUCGCUUCAGACAACACAGGCACACCAUUGGCCGUCUUCAGCAGCAACGGUCUCAUGUUGAAGCAGAUCCAGUACACAGCCUAUGGUGAGAUCUACUUCGACUCCAACAUCGACUUCCAGCUGGUGAUCGGCUUCCAUGGCGGCCUGUAUGACCCGCUUACGAAGCUCAUUCAUUUCGGUGAGCGUGACUAUGAUAUCCUGGCAGGGCGAUGGACUACACCUGACAUCGAAAUGUGGAAAAGAAUCGGCAAGGACCCGGCACCUUUUAACCUGUACAUGUUUCGGAACAAUAAUCCUGCCAGCAAAAUCCACGACAUCAAGGACUACAUCACAGAUGUGAACAGCUGGCUGGUGACGUUUGGCUUCCAUCUGCACAAUGCUAUUCCUGGAUUCCCGGUACCUAAAUUUGACUUAACGGAGCCUUCCUACGAGCUGGUGAAGACGCAGCAGUGGGACGACGUGCCGCCCAUCUUCGGCGUCCAGCAACAGGUGGCCCGGCAAGCCACGGCCUUCCUGUCCCUGGGGAAGAUGGCCGAGGUGCAGGUGAGCCGUCGCAAGGGCAGCGGCGCACCCUCCUGGCUGUGGUUCGCCACCGUCAAGUCUCUGAUCGGCAAAGGCGUGAUGCUGGCCGUGAGCCAGGGCCGCGUGCAGACCAACGUCCUCAACAUCGCCAACGAGGACUGCAUCAAAGUGGCGGCCGUGCUCAACAACGCCUUCUACCUGGAGAACCUGCACUUCACCGUGGAGGGCAAGGACACGCACUACUUCAUCAAGACCACCACGCCCGAGAUCGACCUGGGCACGCUGCGCCUGACGAGUGGCCGCAAGGCCCUGGAGAACGGCAUCAACGUGACCGUGUCGCAGUCCACCACGGUGGUCAACGGCAGGACUCGCAGGUUCGCCGACGUGGAGAUGCAGUUCGGGGCCCUGGCACUGCACGUGCGCUAUGGCAUGACCCUGGACGAGGAGAAGGCGCGCAUCCUGGAGCAGGCCCGCCAGCGCGCCCUGGCCCGGGCCUGGGCACGCGAGCAGCAGCGGGUCCGAGAUGGCGAGGAGGGCGCGCGCCUCUGGACGGAGGGCGAGAAGCGGCAGCUGCUGAGCGCUGGCAAGGUGCAGGGCUACGACGGGUACUACGUACUGUCGGUGGAGCAGUACCCUGAGCUGGCCGACAGUGCCAACAAUAUCCAGUUCCUGCGCCAGAGCGAGAUUGGCAAGAGGUAACCCCACUGGGGCACACCCCCCAGCUGAGAUGGGAGUCUAGGAGGGGGUCACACACCUGCUCCUGUAUCCCCUCCACCUUGCACCUCUGCAGAUGAUCUGCAGGUUGAUCUCCUGCCGCACAAUCAACUCCAGAUCGGACUCGCCGAGCCCACCCCCGUGCGCCCCACAUCCCCACCAUUCCCCUUACAAACCUGCCAGGAGAAUGAGAACUGCUCUUCGAACCAGUCAAAACACACAAUUGCUGAUGCUGAUGCUGAUGCUGAUGAUGCUAACAAUAAUAAUAAACUCUUUUCUGAGUGACCUUAAAGGUGAUGGCUUUAAAGAAUUUGUUUACAUAUGCAUAUCGGUGCACCCAGUUGGACUGAAAUCAAUUAAAAAAAAAAAACAAAACAAAACAAAACAAAACAAAAAAAAGGAAGGAAGAAAAAAAACAGGGCCUCGACUUUUUUUUAUUUUAUUUUAAUUUUAUGUUUUGUGCUUAGGCCCAAUUGGCUCCUUCCAGGCGUUUGUAUCUAAGGUUCUGAUGUGAACAGUUAAGUUGAACCGGAGGCCAAGACCUCGGCUUUCAGGUAGGAGUCUAGGCGCCGAUCCCACCCCCCCUGGAUGAAAUCCAGAGUUCUGGAUUCGGCAAUGUGGGGUCACGUUUGCAGUUCCUAGACAACCCCACCGUGUAUCUCCUGCUGCUUCCUCAAAGGACUUCGCUCCUGCGUGGGGUUUUCGUACCGGAUUUUAAACCUUACUCAAAACAAAACAUGGUUUGCCUUGGGGGAGACAAAACGGAAAACAUACACACACACACACACACACAACGGAAACACAACAAACAAAAUAAAUCAAUAAAACUGGCGAAUAAAAUCCUUGUCACUGAUAAGCAAAGGAGACCCUGAUUUUUUUGUAAAUUAUGUGAGACAAGUUGUUUAUGGAUUUUUAUAUGAAUUACAAUUUACUGUACAUCAAAUAUUAGUCUCAGAGGAGUUAAUUUAUGUAAAGUGUUUAAAAAGUUUAUACUGAAAAAAAUAAAAUGAUAAAAAACCUGUGAAACCGUGUGCUUUUUUAGAAAAAAAAAGACAAAAAAAGAAAGGAUUGCACCUUUUGUUAUCUGUUAUAGCUGUACAGUAUAAAUUAUUAUAUUGUAGAGAUAUAACGACUUAUGCCUAUAAUGUCCAGAAGUGUUAAUAUUUUUGUAUUAGGUUGAAAAAAAUAAAAUACAAUAAUGUGCAACUUUCUAUCACAAGAUGAAUAGGACCCUUGUAAUCCUCAAUGGAUGGUGAAUCCUACAACUUGCUCCUUCCUCUAACUUUUUUUCAUCAAGUGGCCUGCCUUUUCUCUCCUAAGAGGCCCAGAAGGAAACCAAGGCUGAUGGAAUGUAAAGGAGGUGGGGAGGAGCUGCAGCAAAGCUCUGCUCACCUGUCCCCUGCUCUAUACCCCGAAAACCCAUGGGAAUCAGGGAGACUGGAUACCCCUAACUGCAGGGUUUUCUCUCUGUUCUGCUCCCUGGAGUUAUGUAUGGUCCAGGUGACAUCAGAGGCUCGGAAAGCAUCUGGGAUGUAGUCCAGGUCUUAGUAAGUCAAGACCGACAAAACAGCAGUGAGGAGCGAGGACAUGGAAUUUAAGAGCAGGUGGCCUUUCGCUUUCUUGGGAGAAGGACCAAAAAUAAAUUAAAUUUUAAAAAAGGGAUGGGGGAGGAAGGUGGAGACAAAAAGCUCCUAUAAAUCCACUCGACCUAACCGAUCUGGGGAGGUGCUUUGCAUGGCAACCUCUGCUCGUGUCCAGGUUUGACAGACAGGGCCAGGGGCGACCAUGCCAGCCACAUGUACUGGGCACAGGGCCAGCGUGCAGCUUGCUGUGUGCCCUCUGCAAACACUCAGGCUGCUCUCACCAAUCUCUUUCCGUGAGCACUUCAUUCAGCCGCAAAGAUUCUUUGUAGCCAAGAUGUCUCCGUCCAUUGAGCCUCUAGUACUGUUGUCCUCACUGUAUAAUGGUGAUCCGAUAUCGCGGUGACCGUGUCGAUAUAAAAGGUUCCAGUGCUGUAUCGAAACGACUUUUUUCUAACUGCUUUGUAUGUAACACAUACUCCCAAAAUUGCACAGUAGGCGUGUUUAUGAAACAGGUUGGCUGGGAAAGUUUCGAAAUAGCUACUGAAUUUACCCACGUCAGUGCUAUGACUGUCUUUGUGUAUUUGGUAGAACUUACUGAAGUCAUUAUUACUCUUCUAAUGAAUGCUGAUAUUUUAUUAGAAUGAAAGCACAGAUUAGCAUUAAUAUUUUUUAUCCUGGAGGGAGAAAACUAUCCUCUGGCGAAAUAUUAACAAAGCCCAAAUUUAGAAAACGAUGCCAUUUCCAACCACAUGGCCACACGUGGCUGUUUUUUCAUAUUUUCUUUUUUUUUUUUUUUAAACUGUUAACUUAGGUGUUUUUGGGUCCUGUGGGGUGGAAUUUCUGCGGGGCUGUAUUUAGCAUGCUGUAAGUACUUUUUUGGUUGAAAUAGGCUCUGAGUUUCAAUGCUCAGAAAUGUUUCUGAUGUCCUUGGCCAUGAAACGCUGGUACCCCAGGAUGGGAGCAAAAUCAUCGAGCUGACCCUCAUCUCUGCCUGGACUGAGCCUUUUCACUAGCACCGAUAAAUAACAGAUUUGGAGUCUCUCUUGGUGCUGCUUUUAAAUGAAGUCAAAUCAAUCCAAUUAGUGUCUUGUUAGUAGGUCUAAUGCGCCUAUUUCUAAAAAAACAGAAAAACAAAAACAAAAAAAGACUCAUGAUCCGGACAUGCUUUUACAAGAAAUAGAGGCCGUGGGGAACGUGUCAACAAGACCUUUUUCUAAGAGUUGGGGAUGGGGAGGGGGGAGGGCAACUGUAGAAUGAAGAGAAUUAGCUUACAAAGAAGAAAAAAAUUGAUAUUCAAAGUAUUUUAGGCAAAGCCAGUCAAAAUGCUUUCAUGAUAUUUUGAGAUGUAAAUUUUGUCUGAUUUGUAUUGUUCUUUUCAUUUGCCUUCUUAACUUUCUAUGUGACCUGAAUUUUCCAUAACUUGAUGACUAUAGAUUGCAUCUAGGCAUUCCAAUAAAAGCCAAACCAAU